UUCACUUUCACUUUCAAUGUUUACAGCAACAAUUUAGGUCUCUAUCAUUGUCUAUCUAUCUCGUAUAACCCAGUAUCUAUUAUAUUUCAUUAGCGAAAUGUAAAAUACAGAAUGGAUGGAUACUUGUGACUGAUUCCAGGUCAAAAUGAAUAUACUGUUAAUAUCACAUCUCCAGAAAGGGAGUGGAAACCUGCAUACAAUUGAAAGAAUAAGAACGUAUUUGUCAGAUGUUGACUAUAAAUGCAUUCUGACUUCACCAGACGAAUUCAACGACGAAGACGAACUUACGAGCUACGUUACAGAAAACAGCAUUAAAUUAAUCAUCGGGCUUCAUGCGUUUCGAGCUGGCAAAUUGCUUCAAGAUGCCAAAAUGAAUUACAUAUUGAUAAUUGGUGGAACCGAUGUCAAUGAAGAUUACAGAAAUCAAGACAAAAUGAAUGUCAUGACACAAUCAGUUUUAUCUUCCAGGAAUAUCAUAGUGUUCAGCGACGGUCUUCGGCGGAAAGUGAAGGAGCUCUGGCCGGUAAUACCACAAGACAAGAUAAUUGAAAUUAAACAAGGAGUACAAACAUGUCCGUCCACGUUUUCACUGACUGACUACAUACAAGAGCACCACUCGGACGUUUAUACAACUGACAUGGCAAUAUGUUUAUGUGUGGGCAGUAUUAGACCUGUAAAGAAUCCUUUGUAUCUAGUCCAAGAAUUUUCAGAAUUGCACCAGAGACGACAAAAUAUUGUUUAUGUUAUCUGUGGACCAGUGGUUGAUGAAGAAUAUGGCAAAUUGUUCAGAACGAAAAUCGACAGUCUUUCAGGAGUUAUAUUUAUACCAGGAUUAUCUCUGACAGAUGCUCACGCUGCAAUUCAACAAAGUUUUGCGUAUAUAAACUGCUCAAACAGCGAAGGAAUGGCUCUGGCGAUUUUGGAAGCGAUGAUGUUGGAAGUACCUGUAAUUGUACGUAACAUUGAUGGCAACAAAGAUAUUGUAGAACACGGUGUUAAUGGUUUUGUAUUCUCUAAUCCAAAGCAAUGUAUAGAAUAUGUGGAAGAGUUAUUACUGGAUAGUAACUUACGAGACAACACAGUGCGAAGUGCCAGUGAGUAUGUACGACGAGAACAUGGUGUUGAUACUGAAAGACUGGAGUAUUGUGAUGUAGUCAAGUCUUGCCUGGAAUAACAGAUACAGAUUAAGAACAGUAUUAAUCAGCUUUACCAGAUUUCGUUUAGACUUUUUCAAUUUAA